UAGAAUUAAGACCAACAUUGAGAGAAGGAUUUAAUGACUCACGAUAUGGACUUUCACAAAAAAGUGAUGCAUCCAGGUCGGACUCUGGACUAUAAAAGACUGAUCUCUUUAUUAUAUGUGAUACUUUUGACUCAGACUUAUGAUGCAGUUAUAGUGCCCCGGUCUCCAGUGACAUCACUUCCUGGCAGCGAUGUCACUCUCAGCUGCUCUUUCUCCUAUAAAGCGGGGGCUGAUCUCGGGAAAGUGGUGGCUACCUGGCAACGCCCUCCUGCCGAUCAUGUCGUCCACAGUUUCUAUUACGGUCGAGACCAGUUGGGUCUGCAGAAUGAAACCUACAAGAAUCGGACCCAGCUGUUCCCAGAGCAGUUCAGUGUGGGGAACGCCUCCCUCAGACUGAAACUGGUGCGGUUUGAGGACGAGGGCUGGUACACCUGCGCUGUCACCAACCAAGUGGAGAACACCAGGGGAGACGUGCGCCUCAUAGUGGCAGCUCCAUACAGUGAGCCUCAUAUACACAUUGACAUCAUGGAGGGUCGUGACCAAUAUACUUUGACCCUCUACUCGAGAGGGUACCCCAGCGCUACAGUGCAGUGGCUGAAUGAGACAGGAUGUGACAUCACAGAACGCAGCAGGACUAGCCAAUCCCUGGACAGCAGAGGCCUGGUGGAGCUCAGGAGUCAGAUGCUAGAGCAGAGAGAUAAGAACGCAUCUUACACCUUCAUCCUCAACAACACAAAACUGGAUCAGAUUAUAAGGAGAAGCUUUUCUGUUACAAUAAAUACAGGUUCAGAGAGGUCCGCUGCUCCGAUUGCUAGAAGUCAUCUUCUUUUACUCAUACCCGUCCUACUGCUAAUGUUGACAACAACAGCGCUGAUAGCCUUGAAACGAGCUGGAGAGAAGAGUCGUGCUGGGAGCUCAUCUUAAUACUUUAUAACUGGCAUGAUGAAUAAAAUAAUCUUAUAAAAGCCAGUUUGUCUGAGCCUCUCUCUGUGUCUCUGUCCAUAUAUCGCACAACCCUGUUAGGAUGAGUUUUCCCUCGAUUUGAGGGUUUUACAGUUCAAAAUUAGUGAAAGGAAAAGUAUGUAUAUUUUAGAAUAAGUCAUUACCAGGGUUUGUU